AUGCCGAAAGACAGUCGUCACAGUCAAACUCAUAGUUACAACGGCCGUGGUAUGCGGGUGUACAAUGCACCCGUAUACCACAAUGCUGUCCCCGUGCAUCGUCCGGGAGGAAACGCCCGACGAUGUUGCAGGUGCCAACAGGUGACCUGGCGAGGAAUUGUGACUCCCCUUGCGUGGUGCCUGCGGCAUCGCCGGGCGCGUCCUCGUCGGGGCCGCAGCAGGAACCAUAACAGCAGCAGCACCAACAACAACGUCAGCGGCAACCGCAACGGCAGCAGCGGCGGGGCCGUGGUAGUUUUGUCGGUCAAAUGUCGAGGGCGGUGGAGGAGCCGGCCGCAGCCUCGACACCGAGAUCAACUGGUGAGGAGGUGGGGGGGUACACGACCGCCUCCUCAACGCCACAACUCCAACUGUGAUCGGGUCGGCAGAAAGUGGGAGGUGGGAGGUCGUGGAGGAUAG